CGGGGAUGCGUUCCGUUUCACGCAUUGAGCGCAUAGAUCACCUGAAGAUCUAUAGUUCACGUUACUUAUAUUAUAGAUUUCCAAACGAUCUAUGUGCUCUAUAGAUGAAACGGAACGCAACCCGGGAUUGACGAGAAUAUUUUUGAUUCUCGAUGGCCGUAAGCCUCGUCUUUCCGUGUAGAAAGAAAAAAUCACGCAUGGGGAUCACGAAUAUAAAUAAACCGACCGCGCAAAUUUGCGGUUUUCCACAGAGUUUCGUCGGGUACGACGCGUGUCGCGUGUCCUGUUACAGUCGCAGAUUACGAGCUCAUCAUUCGGGCAAUAGAUCACAGUAGAGAUUCGCGCGCGUGGAUUCAGUAAGAAAUGGCCGCCGUUUUGAGAAGAAAAUUUCGAAUGGUGCCGAGCACGCUCGCCGGCAACGGCAAUCUACCGCUGCUCGUGGCCGCAAGAUCUCUAACAAGGUCAUCGGAACGGAGAGACAUUAGCGAGGGAUGGAUAAGCAAGCUCCUGGUGAGGAAGAUCGAGCCUACGAAGGAGUCGCACUCGCGAAUGCUCUCCGAUAAAGAGGUCAUUUACGCUCUCCAUACCCACAACAUUCGGCCUGACUCCAUUGACAAAUAUUUGGCAAAUUACGAGGAAAAUGUCAAUCUUAUACAUUCAAAAAAAUCUGAACUGAACUGCGAAUUAGUUGGUUCAUGGACAGUGGAAGUGGGAGAUUUGGAUCAGGCCUUACACUUGUGGCAAUACACGGGUGGAUACGAGCGCAUAGAUCAUGCACAAGCUGUGCUAUGUCAAGAUGAGUCUUAUCAACGACUGCUCAAGGAACGAGGAAAUUACUUGAGAUCUCGCCAUUUGCAAUAUCUAUUGGCAUUCAGUUUUUGGCCACCACUGGUAAAACGAAAUGGUUCAAACACAUAUGAAAUACGUAGUUACAGUUUGAAACCAGGUACAAUGAUAGAAUGGGGAAACAAUUGGGCCAAAGCUAUUAACUAUAGACGCAACAAUGAUGAACCAUUUGCUGGUUAUUUCUCGCAGAUUGGUAGACUGUACAAUGUUCACCAUAUCUGGUGUUACAAGGACCUUCAAUCGCGUAAGGAAACGCGCGAAAGCGCAUGGAGAUCACCCGGUUGGGACGAAUGUGUUGCUUACACUGUACCCUUAAUAAGGGAAAUGCAUUCGCGCAUAUUAAGUCCAACUUCGUUUUCGCCUACGAAAUAAGGCUUUAUGUGUACCAACGCAAAUGCAUUUGUAUAUUAUCGGUUAUUUCUUAUAUAUAAAUAUAUAUAUAUGCAUUAUAAUAUUGUAAAAACAUUUGUUACAUGUAUACACUCUGUAGAUUUAAAUGGUGUAUAAACUGUACGCGCAAUGUAUGAGAAGAGCUAAUUUUUGUUGUAUUACAACUGGCAGGAUGUAGUUUGUUACUAUUUAACGUUAUGCAUUACAACAGCAUUUGUUUAUAUAUAUAUAUAUAAAUAGAUAGAUAGUCAUGUUUUUAUCAAUGUCAGUUGAAGCACAACGUGUAAAUGUAUAGACGACGGAUAUAAAGAAGUGAGAGAGAUCUUUAUACUUUUGCGUUUUUUCUUCAUCCAUCUAUAACUUGCAAGUAUCCUGCUAAAAAAUAAUCUUAACAUGUUCGACUUUUCUUGUGUUCAACUUUCUUGUUCACAUAUUUUUUCAUAUCUGUGCAUUACAAUUGAUGUAUAUUGCAAACAAAAACUUAGAUCUUAUAGUACAGUCAUGUAGAAAGAUAGUAUGCUUGAAUGUAUCGCGUUACGUUAAUCAAAUGUAUAAACUAUGUAAUAAGAUCCAAUCUACACAUUAUCGCGCAUUAAAAGGAUCGGCAAAUUGGAUCAAAAUUGAUUUAUAGUUUAACAUUUUUCAUCUUUAUUAUCUUGUCAAUAUAUUGGAUUAAACAGUU